AUGACAAGAGAAAGAAAGUUAUUAAUUGGUAUUGACGUUGGUGGAACCAACACUGAUUCAGUUUUGUUGGAUCCUUCCCUUGUCUCGGAUACCACUACCAGAGGUAUCAUUGCAUGGAAUAAGGCCAACACCACUUCCGAUGUAUCUGACGGUAUCGAAGCUGCUUUGACGGAAUUGUUCACUUUGGCACCCAAAGUCUACAAGGAAGAUGUUGGUGCUGUAACUAUUGGAACCACCCACUUCCUUAACGCUGUUAUUGAACAGGAUAGAGGCAAGCUCGAUAAGGUUGCUGUUCUAAGAUUCGUUGGUCCGUAUUCGCAGAAGACUGAGCCCUUUUGUGAAUUUCCUGCUGGGUUGAAAGAUAUUUUGAAGGGCUAUGUUGCAUACCUUGAUGGUGGACACUACGUUCACGGCGAAGAAGUUAGUGAACUUAACAAAAAGGAAAUUCACGACCACUGUAUGAAGAUAAAAGAAUUGAACAUUCACGCUGUCGUUCUUGUAGCUCAAUUCUCUCCUUUGAAAAAUGAACACGAGAACAUUGCUGAGGGCAUAAUCAAAGAAGUUCUUCCUGAUAUACAGAUUGUCAAGUCUUACGAAAUUGCUGGAAUUGGUUUCUUAGAAAGAGAAAAUGCCGCGAUUCUAAAUGCUGGUAUCUUGAGAUUUGCAAACAAGGUUAUCGCUUCAUUUAAUGCUGCCGUUCGGAGGGUGGGUUUGAAUUGUCCAGUUAUGUUAACUCAGAAUGAUGGAACUGUGUUGCCAUCUAGUGCUGCAAGAAAGUGUCCGAUAAAUACGUUUUCUUCUGGUGCCACUAAUUCCAUGAGAGGUGCUUCUAUUCUUUGUAGUGGAGAUGAGUCCAUCAAGGGACAAUCGGUUUUGGUUGUUGAUGUUGGUGGGACCACUACUGAUAUAGGUGUCUUGUUGCCAACUGGUUUCCCAAGACAAUCUGCCUCUUUCUCAUAUGUAGGAGGUGUUAGAAUGAACUUCUCAAUGCCUCAAGUUCACAGCUUUGGUCUUGGCGGUGGUUCGAAGGUAAGAUUCAAUAAAAAGAUCACCAUUGGUCCUGACAGCGUUGGAAAUGAAAUUCGUAAGCAAGCAAUUAUCUUUGGAGGUGAUACAUUAACAGCUUCUGAUAUGGCAGUUGGAAUUGGCAAGCAAGCUGGUCUUGAACCCGAAUUAUUCAACAUUGGAGACCCGCAAAAAUUAGAUGGCAAGUUGAACGAGAAACAUAUGAAGGAAUUUCAGGAUGAAGUCAAAUACUUGUUGGAAAAGCACAUUGAUAGAAUGAGAACUUCAGCAGAACCUGUUCCUGUUUUGGUUGUUGGCGGUGGAUCUUUCAUUGUGCCUUCAGAUAUCGAAGGCUCUUCGAAAGUUCUCAGACCUCCAUACCACGGUGUUGCUAAUGCUAUUGGUGCUGCCAUGUCCAAGAUUUCUGGGCGAAAGCAUCUCAUUAAAGUUGUUCCAAACGAAAAAGAAGCUAAAGAAAAUGCUCUACAAGAAUGCAUCGAAGAAGCAAAGGAAAAUGCAGUAGUAAAAGGCGCUAUUAGAGAUUCUUUGACUAUAGUUGAGUUGUCGCACGAUCCUAUUCCAUAUAUUCCAAACACUUACGAAUUUAUCGUUAAGGUGGUUGGAGAUGCAGACCAUUCAAGGGUACCAGAAGUGAAUUUGGAGAAAUCAUUGGACAACCUCAGUGGUGGUUCUGUAUUAAAGGAAGUAACCACCCCAGUUGAGGAAUUUACUAUUGAAAAUGUAGACAUUGAAAAAUACAAGCCAAAAAUUGAAAACAGGGAAUGGAUCAUCAGCGAAAUUGACUUGGAAUUUUUGAAAAUUGGGACCUACAUCUUGGGAUGUGGUGGUGGAGGAACUCCUCAUCCUACUUUCAUCGACAUAAGAAAUAUGCUUCGAAAUGGUGCUACUAUCAGAGUUAUUGACAUUGACGAUGUUUCUAAGUACACCGAUGGAAAGAGGUCUAUUAUCUGUGUCGGAUUUGCUGGUUCGCCAACUGUUGCAUCUGAGAUGUUGAAGGCCGACGAAUUGCUUGAAGCAGCCAAGUCAUUGAUUCAAUUUACUGGCCAGGAAGCUAAGGUUGUGUGUCCAUUAGAAAUUGGAGGAGGAAAUGGUUUCACUGGGUUUGAAGUUGGUGCCUCUAAUAAGUUGAAUAUUCCAGUUGUUGAUUCUGAUUUUAUGGGACGUGCCUACCCAACACUCUGGCAAAGUUCUGCAAAUGCUAUUUAUGAGAAGUUUCCAUAUUGGCCAGCUGCCGUAAGCAAUGGUAACAGUAGUUCAAUGUUAAUUUCAGAAGCUAGUAAUUGCGAGUCGUUGGAGAGAUUGAUACGUUCUACUUGUGUUGAAGUUGGAACUCAUGUUGGAGUUGUUAUGGCACCAAUGACUUCUGAAGAAUUAACUGGUGGUACUGUUCCUGGUUCGAUCUCCUUGGCUUGGCGUAUUGGACGAGCUGUACUUUUGGCCCGGCAAAAAUUGGAGCAUGAUUUGAUACCUCAAAGAAUCAUUGAAUCUGUUGGUGGUAAAUCCUCUGGUAGUCAUCUUUUCACAGGGAAGAUUGUCGACGUUAGCAGAAAAGUACACAAGGGGCAUGUAUACGGUGAAGUUAUAAUCGAAGAACCUGAAACCAAGAAGCAGAUGGUCAUUCCAUUCAAGAACGAGAACAUUCUUUGCCGUGUGAGGGAAACCGCAGAAGAGGAAGGCAAAGUUGUUUGUGCGGUACCUGAUUUGAUUGCUGUGCUUGAAUCGGAAACUGGUGAAGCACUUGGUACCCCAGAUUACAAGUACGGUCUCAUUGUCAAUGUUAUUUCAAUUUCUCCUAGCAAUAUUUGGACCGAUACAGAAAAGGCUAUGGCGAUUGGUGGCCCAGCUAGUUUUGGAUUUGAUGAAGUUGAAUAUGUUCCAGUUGGAACUUACACUAGACCAGUUUCCGUCAUUGAGGAAUAUUGUUAA